GUCAGAGCCUCUGGAGCCCACGGCGGGCGAUGGUGUGCCCGUGCGGGCGGCUACCGGCGGCGGGGCGGCGGGCAUGAAGGAGAAUGGAAGGGGAGGACGAGGUGUCCCUGCGGGAGCAGCAUUUCCACAGCCAAGUGCGGGAGUCCACGAUAUGCUUUCUUCUUUUUGCUGUUCUUUACAUUGUUUCCUACUUCAUUAUCACAAGAUACAAGAGAAAAUCAGAUGAACAAGAAGAUGAAGAUGCCAUCGUCAAUAGAAUUUCGUUGUUUUUGAGCACAUUCACUCUGGCAGUUUCAGCUGGUGCUGUUUUGCUUUUACCCUUCUCAAUAAUCAGCAAUGAAAUCCUGCUUUCUUUUCCUCAGAACUACUAUAUUCAAUGGCUAAAUGGCUCCCUGAUUCAUGGUUUGUGGAAUCUUGCUUCUCUCUUUUCCAACCUUUGUUUAUUUGUGUUGAUGCCCUUUGCCUUUUUCUUUCUGGAAUCAGAAGGUUUUGCUGGCCUGAAGAAGGGAAUCCGAGCUCGAAUUUUAGAGACCCUGGUCAUGCUUAUUCUUCUCGCCCUUUUGAUUCUUGGGAUAGUGUGGGUCGCUUCUGCCCUCAUUGACAAUGAUGCUGCAAGCAUGGAGUCUUUAUAUGAUCUCUGGGAAUUUUACCUGCCCUAUUUGUAUUCAUGCAUAUCAUUGAUGGGAUGUUUAUUACUCCUCUUGUGCACACCAGUUGGUCUUUCCCGUAUGUUUACUGUCAUGGGUCAGUUGUUAGUAAAGCCAACAAUUCUUGAAGACUUGGAUGAACAAAUUUAUAUUAUUACGCUGGAGGAGGAGGCGCUUCAAAGACGACUAACUGGGCUCACAUCAUCGGUGGAAUACAAUAUAGUGGAGUUAGAACAAGAACUUGAAAAUGUGAAGACUCUGAAGACAAAAUUGGAAAGACGGAAAAAAGCUUCAGCGUGGGAAAGAAAUUUAGUGUAUCCUGCUGUUAUGGUCCUCCUUCUUAUUGAGACAUCCAUCUCGGUGCUCUUGGUGGCUUGCAACAUUCUUUGCCUGUUGGUCGAUGAAACAGCAAUGCCCAAAGGAACAAGGGGGCCUGGAAUAGGAAAUGCCUCUCUUUCUACUUUUGGUUUUGUGGGAGCUGCACUUGAAAUCAUUUUGAUUUUCUAUCUUAUGGUGUCCUCUGUUGUCGGUUUCUAUAGCCUUCGAUUUUUUGGAAACUUUACUCCCAAGAAGGAUGAUACGACUAUGACAAAGAUCAUCGGGAAUUGUGUGUCUAUAUUGGUUCUGAGCUCUGCACUGCCUGUGAUGUCAAGAACACUGGGAAUCACCAGAUUUGAUCUACUUGGAGAUUUUGGAAGGUUUAAUUGGCUGGGAAAUUUCUAUAUUGUAUUAUCCUACAAUUUGCUUUUUGCUAUUGUGACAACGUUGUGUCUGGUCAGAAAAUUCACUUCUGCUGUUCGAGAAGAACUUUUCAAGGCCCUAGGGCUUCAUAAACUUCAAUUAUCAAAUAGCCCAAGAGAUUCCGAAACAAAACCUUCUGCCAAUGGACAUCAGAAAACACUGUGAGGUACAUAAUCAACAUUCUGCAAUCAAGAGACAAGAGAACCCCAAACUCGUGACAUUCCUGUC